AUGAGCAAGUCUGUGCCUGCUUCCCCCGUGGAUCUCGCCUACGCAGAGUCGAAGACCCCCGAGAUCCACAACACGACACUUGAUCCGCAAGAUAUCGAGACUCGACUGCGAGUCCAGCCCUCCUACAUCUUGUACACGAGCGCCCUGCUUGCCUUUGUGCUACCUCUUCAGUACGGUUGGUCGACCUCUCAACUCAACCUGCACAAGUUCAACAAUGUCGAGGACUGCAACGCUCGACCGGUUGCCGAGGGCACGUGCAUCAUGUUCCCAGGCCACACCAAGUUUCAGUGGACAAUCGUCGUGAACGCAUGGAUUUUUGGAGGUAUGAUCGGUGCCUUGUUCGUCGGUAAGUUCGCCGACCGGUUCGGUCGCAAGCAGGUGCUGAUCUACAACUGUGGGUUCAUCAUCGCCGGUGCCGUUGUCAUGGCCGUCGUGUCGAACCUGUGGGCCUUUGCCGCUGGUCGUCUUCUUGCUGGUAUCGCCUCGGGUGCCACGACGGGUAAUGUCGGUGGAUACAUCAACGAGAUCUCACCCCCACACCUCCGUUCGGUGCUGGGCGCUGUUCUCCACAGUGGUAUCACUGUCGGUAUCUUGUUAGUCGCGACAACCUUUUUCUACAUGGAUUUUGAAGAUGGUUGGCGGUACAUUGCUGCGUUCCCGAUCGUACUAGCCGCCAUUUUCCUGAGUUUCUCACCGUUUCUGAUGGUCGAGUCGCCUGUGUGGCUGCUACUGAAGGGCCGUCGCGCCGAUGCUGAAGCGAUGCAGUCGAGUACGUGGAGUGAGACGGGGAACGAGGUCGUUCGCAGCGGUAAAGGAGUCCCGUUGUCGGAGCUGGUUGCACCGGCUCUGCGACGCCAGUUCAUCAUCGCCAUUGGCGCUGGACUCAGCAACGCCCGUGUCAGUACAAUUAUUAUUGACAUUGUCAACAUGCUGCCGACGUUGGUAUCUGGCUUCUUCGCAGCCCGCUUCGGUAACCGUCGUAUGCUGCUUUGCGGUAUAGGCGGAAUGUUUAUCAGUGCCGUCGGUGUGACGCUGUCACUCUCGUUCAACUGGUCGGCUCUGUCCAUUAUGUUCAUUGCGACAUACGUCGGCUCGUUCGGCGUAAGUCUUGGUCCACUUAUGUAUGUGGUCAUUGCCGAUGUAUUCCCAGACUACGCACGUGCUACUGUGUCGUCGAUCGGUGUGAUGGUGGCUUGGACGGCCAACUUGAUCGUAGGGGUUGGAUACCCGUACAUUUCGAGUGCUAUGAAUGACUUAGCUUACGUUCCGUUCGCGGUGAUGCUGGCGAUCUCGUUCGUGUUCGUGUUCUUGCUGCUGCCCGAAACAUCCGGAAAGACGAACGAUGAGAUCCAAGACGAAUUCCGCGCCAUUCGCCACAAAAAGCGUCGAGCGGCCGCUGGUAACUAA